AUGAUAUCUCCAUUGCAAAGACACGACAAAUUAGUUAGAGCUACUGACUUGGAUGCUCUUAGUUGUAGGUUCAAUGCCAACCAAAGAGGGUAUUUCAUCCCUCCAGAUAAGUACAUUCCAGAAAUGAUUCGAUCUUAUCAGAAACAUUUACCCUUCUGUCAAGGCUACACCAAUCUUCUGGUGAAUAGGACAUUAAGAGCAGCAUUUCAAGAACCCAAACUACCUCUCAUAAAUCGUGGAACAUACUUUAGAACUAAAUCAAUUGAUAUAGUAUUGGAUGAUUUCAUUUCCCAGCACGAGAACAAGUGCCAAAUAGUCUCUCUUGGAAGUGGCUCGGAUACAAGAGCCUUUCGUACGUUAGAAAAGUACCCUGAUUCUGGAGUGAUAUACCACGAGAUUGACUUCCCAGAGUCAACAAAGAUCAAAAGAGCAGCAAUUGUGAAUAACAGUGAAAUCAUGAAGUUAAUUAAAAGCGGAGAUCUAAUCGAGAAUGUUGCUGUAUCUUCUCGAGAGGAGUUUGAGUCUCUCAAGUCCGAUUUCCACACAAGUGUAUAUCAUUUGUACGGACUAGACCUUAGGAAAUUAACAUCUUCCUCAGUUGAAUUCCCUCAUGUUGACCCAACGCUUCCAACAAUCAUUAUCAGUGAAUGCGUCUUAUGUUACUUGACUCCGGAGGAGAAUGUCCAAAUUUUGAGCUACUGGACAGAUAUGUUCACUUCCUCAUGUCCAACUGCUACAAUGGCUUUUCUUAUAUAUGAGCCAAUGUCACUCAAUGAUUCAUUUGGUAAAACCAUGGUAAAGAACCUCUCAGGGCGUGGGAUUACCUUACCAACGUUCGAGAAGUUCCCAGACUUGGAUUCGAGGAAACAAUUCUACACCGGCUUUGGAUUCAACAAUGCUAAUGUUACCGAUUUGAGCGUGAUAGGUGGAUAUGAGAAAGAGGGACAGUCUUGGAUAACCAAGGAAGAAUUCAACAGGAUUUCUUCUUUAGAGCUAGUAGACGAAGUGGAGGAAAUUAAGUUACUCUUGAGACACUAUUGUUUGAUAUUUACAGGAAUAGGGCAAAAUAUUCGAAAUGUGAAUUUGUUCAAUAAGGAUGGGUGA